AUGCUACUCAGGAGAAGGGAUUGGACAAAUACUGCAACAACACGAGCACAAUAUAUUAGCUUUUAUAACAGCAUGUGGCUUGUGGCCAAUGAUAUUAUUAUCGGACUUACGAUCGGUUCUUUUCUUGUCAAUAAUAGUGAGUACGUGGCUAACAUCAUUUUGAGGGACUAUCUUGAUCGCUAUACGAUAGAAAAAUUAGUGUCGAUGAUAGAUUGGCUAAUGGGUUGGCCGGCUGGAUUGAAAUUAAAUAGUGAAUUGGACAGUUUUUUGGGGGAACUUUUCCUUCGGCUGAUUGAACUUUGGAAAGACUUUUUGUCAUUCAUGACAAUUCACAUUUACUUGUUUUAUAUGGUUGCUGCAAAAAUUUUUAAUUGGCAACUUACUAUACUUUAUUCUUUAUUUAAUUUAUUUCAAGGCAAAAAAUGGAACACUUUACGUAAUCGUAUUGAUUCCUGUGAUUACGACUUGGAUCAAUUGCUUUUAGGCACUAUAUUAUUUACAUUAUUAACAUUUUUGUUUCCUACGGUUGUAGUUUAUUAUGCUACAUUUGCAACUAGUCGUGUAGCCGUUAUUUUUUUGCAGGCAGUUAUGGAAACGUUAUUGGCGUUCCUAAAUCAUUUUCCAUUAUUCGCUAUUAUGUUGCGAUUCAAAGAUCCAGAUCGAUUACCGGGUGGAUUAAAAUUUAUUAUAUGUGAUCCAGAUUAUUUUGCAACUUAUGGGGUUGCUAGACCUGACCGAAACCCCCAAAACGAAGAGGAAUCUGAUCAAGUUAUCAGGGUUAGAAAAAAUCGAAUAAAGGUUGAUGUUAAUAAUUCAAAUUUUACAUCAUUGUCAACAAUUCCUCCAACUUCUCCCAUAUCUAUAAAUCCUUCAAUGUCAGCAUCAUGGCCACCAAGAAAUUUACCUAUUCCGUUAUCAGCAAUAUUCUUCCAAUAUUUGUUAUUAUGGAAACGAUUAAGUUCGCACUAUUUUUCUUUCUAUGUAUUACGAUGCCUUGUUAGUGGCGAGACUAUAAAACCAAUAGCCAGACUUCAAUACCCUAUGUUACCUGAAACUAGGUAUAAGUCAUAA